AUGCAUACAUCUGAGCUCUGCGUAAGCCACGGGUUGCGUCUCUUGCACGUUACUGCUUUGGGGUUCUGCUUUCCCCCUCCUUUCUCCCUGCCAGCCUACUCGCGUGGUGCAUCUGAUGCCGGCGGGCCCACCAGACCUCCUGCAUGCCACAAUUUUGACACCCUUUAAACUUUAUUCAGCGACCCGUGACUUUUCUCUCUGCUGCAGCAGAAACAAAGCAGCGAAGAGUACCCCUUCUUCAAGAUAUGGGGCGCCCCCCCCCCCGGUCUCGUCAGUGGGUGGGGAGGGAAGCUCCUGCUCCAAUGCAACGCCUCGAGCAGGAUGGGGACCGAGUCUCUCCCUUCAGGACAACCAGAGGGCGACCCACCCGUUCCCCCCAUUCCCUGCCAAGGCUGCCAAGAGCAGAGGGGAGGCUGCUCCUCGUGAGCAGGGAAGGAUCCAUGCACGUAGCAUGGAUCCGAAAAGGAAGGAAGGAAUCCGUUUCAAGGCACGCAAAAAAAUUAAAAUCCCUGCCCUCCCAUAAAGCGCCUCUCCGCCAUUGCUCAACCCAGCCCCCCUCUAACCACAUGCAGGCAGACCUACCUGCUACUACGCGUGCGCGAACUCCCACGCCGGCGGCGUCCUCCUUCCUAUCUCUGCGCGGUAUCUCUACGGCGGCGUCCUCCCUCCCUGCCCCUGCUGCGCCUGCGCGCCAUUCCUUUCCUCCCCGCCCCCCCUCCCCGGCUUCGCUCAUUGUUCACUGCACAGUCCCGGAAAUGGCGUCACAAAGCCACUCUCCCGUUCCACACACACACACGCGGGCGCGUUGCUAAGCGGUGGUUUCCAAGGGCGACCAAACAGUGCCGCUGGUUCUAAUCCGCGGCAGCCGAGGAGGCUUCGAACGGGAGCGGAAAAGGGCUCGGAGGAGAGAAAGGAGAGCGGGGUAAGGCGAAGAGAGGGAGGCGGGGAAGGGAUGGGAAGGCAGGGCAGGGAGCAGGGAAAGCAAGAGGGACUCUGAGCGGGUGCAGACGGCGCGCAUGGGAAUGCGAGGCAGGCAGGUCGUUCGCCCUGGACUCCUUGCGUGUUGGUAGAUUGAUACACCGCCUUCUCUCAUAAGGAGCUCAGAGCGCCGCACGUGCUUCUCUCUUUUUCCACAUCUCACACAUUUUUAACUUCACAACAGCCCUGAGAGAGUGGCUGGCCCGAAGUCACCCAGUGAGCUUCUUGGCGAAGUGGGGUUUUGUAGUCCAACAACAUCUCAAAGGCUAAGAUAUCAUCAUCAUCAUCUCUGCACUAUUCCUCUGCCUGUUCAGAUAAGCAGCAGUAGCAGCAGCUCCCCAAAGCCUCGCCUUUCCCAGCUCUGUCACCUUGACAGCCUUUUAACUGGAGGUUUUUUUAAACCCAGACCCUGAACGAAAAGCAUUUGUGUAUUUUUGGAAACCAUGACCCGUAAUAAAAAAAAAAAUUGUACGCGCUUUGACAUUGCAUUAUAGCAUUUCUGGAGCCUAUUCCGAUAGCUGCUUUUAACUUGUGCAGCAUACAUUGUGCACGUAUGACAGCUGACGUGUGGCAAAGCACAUCGCCCGAUCACUUGGCAGGAUGGUGUUAAAACUAUCCAAGCUACCACAGGGUGAGGUUUAACAUAACUCUGGGGAAGUCAUACAUGGGUUUCCUCAGCCAAGUGCAGAAGUACAAUAAGACCUUCCUCACCCACUUGGCAGGACAAUUCAGGUGUUAGGUUGUAGAGACUCCAUGUGAUGUUGUUACUUAGAAAAAUGGGUGAGAAACCUGUGGUACUGCAGAUGUGGUUGGAUGAUUGUCUGCAGCCCUGAUUACUGGUCGUGCUGGUGGAGGCUGUCCCAACAACUUCUGGCCCAGGGUCAACUCUGUGCAGACCUAGAGAGGAGGCUGGAAGUGAUAAUGUGAGCGAUAUUAGGGCAAACCGUGGAACUGGGAUGGUUGAAAUGUUGAGGUCAAAGGAUAAAAGUGACCAGCCAAAGAGGAAUGUGCUAAGGAGAAGAAUAUAGAGUGUAAAAGAAGGAAGGGAAGGAUAAGAAGUAUGUGCCUGGGGGACGGGAUGCGGGGAGAAAAACUGAAAGGAGAGGUGGAAUGGUGUUUAUGAGACAAAAUGUGACAGGCAGUUCACUUUUUAAAAGAUUUCUUUUUUAAUUAAAAAAAAAUUAUUCAAAAGUUACAAUACAGUUACAAUACAUUUUCAAUCAAUGUAUCCCCUCCACAGACACAGAUAUUUUAAGACAGGUCACUUUAGAAGUCUGGCAAUUUAAAUUAUCUGCAGAGUGUAUCUCUGUGAAGAUGGCAGCAAUGUGCAUGGAGGAGAGCAUUUACAACCUUCUACCUUACAAUCUGGAUAAGUCUUGCAAGGCCCCCAGGUAUGUGGGUAAGGACACUUGGGACUCAUUCUGACAACCUUUUAUACUUGUCAAUCAGUGAUGUACCUGUUCCUAUGGAAAAAUGUUACAAUAAUUUUUCUGUUAAAAUGAAUUUUGUGUCUCCUAUCAUACUACAGCCUUGGAAGUGAGAAGGGACCUUUGGGUGCAUUCACAUGGCAGUUUAUUCUGUUUUCACGACAGAAUACUUCUGGAACUAUAGUGGAAUAUAGUGCAAGUUUAUUAUUCAUUUCUAUGUUAUUUACUUCCAGGAAAAAAAUCUGUUAGCAAAUAAUAUGGAAAUGAGUGCUAAACUUGCAUUAUAUUCCACUAUAGUUUCACUGUAAUCCACUAUAGUUCUGGAAGUGACUUUUACAUCAUGUGAAAGCUCAAAUAUAAUUUUGAGAUUUUUCUUUUUUCUUUUUUGCUUCCUAGUAUUUAAUGCUGUUCUCCUUUCUUUUCCAUCUUUUUAAUUUUUCAAGAUAUGCUUCAUAUCCUCUCACAGCAUACUAGUGUGGCUGAUAUAUAAGGGAAUUGCUGCAAAUUGCAGUCAAAGAGAACACUCCCCAGCUCUGUCUUAUGUGGUUUGGAUUUUUGUUGCGUGAACCACUAAUGGCAGAAUUAUACAAUGGACACAUCUUUUUGAAUAUACGGCAAUCAAUAUCUGAAAUUUAAUUUCAUCAGCUCAGGCAAAUGUUAUGCCUUUCUCAUUCAUGUGACCCAAACCACUGGAAGCCAUGGCAGACCAAGAGAGAAAUUCACUAUAAUCACUAUAAAGUGAUAAAAUAAAUGAGAAACAGUGUUUUCAAACCCAGUAAAGAGAAUCACUUUGGAACAGCAAUUCCCUGUUUUUGCUGACUUUUAUUCCACUGUUGAUUUAACUCUGGAUAGGUGUGCAGUGUAUAAUACCAAACUAUGGCUUAAUGGGACCUUGUGAAGGUGUCACAGUCACUUAUUUCCUCCCCAGUCUUUAUUACUCCCACAACUAAGCCCAGUUUUAACUUCACAUGCCACCUGAACCUGGGUUUGUAGUUAUAAACUCUCCUUAGCUGUGAUUCCUGCAUUGUGGGGAGCUGGACCAGGUGACGCUUGGGGUUCCUUCCAGUUGUACAAUUCUAUGAUUCCUUGCUACAGCCAAGAACAAACUUUGCACGGGAGUUGGGAAGACUAGGGCAGAGCAAUGUGACUACAACCUCCUCUUGAGGCGGCCCAUUUGCAUGGUCCUGGUGAGCCAUAGUUUGGCUUACUGUGUCAUGUGAACCAAGUCAAUGGGUGUUGCUGAUUUCAGGCACAAAUGAGAUCAGAACAAUAUUGUUUCUUUUCAAAUAUUUCAUUUUUUACUUUGAUAGACUACAGUCAUUAAGGGACAGUGCUCAAGAACAUUGUUGUCAGGGGGGAGGGGGAAUAGCCUGUAGCUUCUCUUUCAGUUCUAAUUAUUGUGUGUAUAUUUUCUCUUCACUAAAGAUAUGUAUCAACAUUGAAAACGUAUGUAAAAAAUACAAUACAGCAAAGUAAAGCACCGUGGAAAACCAUAGGACCACCAAAAGUCCAGGUGCCAAAUCCAAAAGACUUCCUUCAGAAACAUUCAAAGGAACCAAAGUUACCACAGAGUAUGUUUCAUUAAUUUGUAUAUGUUUAUUAAAUGUAUACCAUUUAUAUGUCUCUUUUUCCAGUGCAUAGAAUCAUAGAAUCAUAGUCCCAACUCCCUGCAGUGCAGGAAUCUAAACGAAAGCAUCCAUGACAAAUGGCCAUCCAAUGCCUGCUUAAAAACCUCCAAUGAAGGAGAGUCCACAACCUCCCAAAGGAGACUGCUCCACUGCUGAACAGCUCUAACUGUCAGAAAGUUCUUCCUGUUGUUUAGCUGUAAUCUCCUUUCUUGUAACUUGAAGCUUUUGGUUCAAGUUCUACCCUCCAGACCAAGAGAAAACAAGCUUGCUCCAUCUUCCACGUGACAGCCCUUAAGAUAUUUGAAGGUGGCUAUCAUAUCUAGCCAUGUUCAAAUAUAUAAAAGGAUGUCACAUAGAGGAGGGAGAAAGGUUGUUUUCUGCUGCUCCAGAGAAGCGGACACGGAGCAAUGGAUCCAAACUACAAGAAAGAAGAUUCCACCUAAACAUUAGGAAGAACUUCCUGACAGUAAGAGCUGUUCGACAGUGGAAUUUGCUGCCAAGGAGUGUGGUGGAGUCUCCUUCUUUGGAGGUCUUUAAGCAGAGGCUUGACAACCAUAUGUCAGGAGUGCUCUGAUGGUGUUUCCUGCUUGGCAGGGGGUUGGACUCGAUGGCCCUUGUGGUCUCUUCCAACUCUAUGAUUCUAUGAUUCUAUAUCUCCUCUCAGUCUCCUCUUUUCCAGGCUAAACAUACCCAGUACCUUCAGCCACUCCUCAUAAGGCUUGGUACAAAGCAAAAGAACAAAUCGUGUAAAAAUAUCUGUAAAUUCAAGAUAAAAACUCUGCAGCCAAGAACAGAAAUCAGCCAUUCCAAUUCAUUCUCAGAAGAAAUCUCCAAAACCUGGUGAGAAACGAUGUGCGAUAUUAACCUCCUUUCUCACCAAGAGGAAAAAGUAUUCAGUUCUAGAGUGAGAUCAUCCCACAGACUUGGGGCCACUGCUGUAAAAGCCCUACUUCUAGCAGCAGAUAUAAGGAUUGCCUGCAGAGAUGGUAACUGCUGAACACAGGGAGCAGGGAGCUGAUAUAAUGAAAGCCUACCAAACCUAAGCCUAGAUAUUUAUUUCAUUUUAAUCUCAUCCUUUAUCUGAGCAGUGCUCAUCAGCGUUGUUCUCCCCCCCGCCCCAAUUUUAUUCUAAUGGCUAUGAUUAGAAGAUAUAAAGACUUGCCCAAAGUCAGUACCAUUGCUAACUAGUUAUUUGUAUCCCAGUCUCCCUAAGCCUGGUGUAAUAUUCUGACUAUACCACAUUGAUGAGUAUCCCAGGCCAUGUAAAAUUCCACUACAAUUUUACCCAGGUUAACAUCCAGUAAUAUCUACUGUAAUCUCUUGGACACAUGGGCAAUUCUGUUCUAGUGAUUUUAAGGACCAUAUGUUAGUUGGCUGGUUGUUUAGUUUUUGCCUCUGAUCUGGAUGUGCAAGGCUAGACAUCAAGGCUUUUGUUAAUCAUGCCAAGUCUGCAUAUUAUAAGGAAGACUUAAGUUGGCCAAUCCACACCAUGCUUGGGAAAGCUCAGCUAUUUAAUAGAGAUCUCCACUGAAGUCCCCUUAUAGUGCUUAAAAUGCAAGUGUUUGCUUAUAAAUGUAUAUAUUGUCAGAAAGAGUGGUUAUAGAAUGUGACAUUUUGUUUUCACAAAUGGAUUUUGGGAAUUGUGACAAGGCCAGGACCAUUACAGUUGGACCCCAAGUAAUCAGGAGCCUCAGCGUUGCUGACUCCAAAUGUUUUUCUAAUAUUAUUAUUUGUUAGAUACAUACUACAAAAAAAGUUUCAGUGUGACAUGCAAUAUGAAAAAUAGGGUUAGGAAAAACAAAAAAGAUACAAAAAAAUUAACAAGAACAAGAAACAUUUAAAAUGUGCAUAGACUAAUUAUAAAAGCAGCAGACAAGAACUCACCUCCCUCCAACUACAUACACACAAUGACACAAAAAAAGGUAUGAAACUUUUCAAAAUAAUGAGUGUGGGUAUUUUCCUGAAGCACAAUAUAGUGUGGUUUUUUAAUGUACAUUUAGUUAGCUUUUUAAGCCUUUAUGGCAAUAUGUCAUCAAAUUGUUUUGUUUCUUUCCACAACUAUUUUGAAAUGUAUCUUUUGCCCUUCACUGGGAUGUCUUGGGCAAUGGCUUAAAUAUUGUUCAUCUUGAUAGUUUACAGCAGUUACUUUAUUCAUUUAUCAUCCAGGACAUGACAAGCCCCUCUCUACCUAGUCCUUCGUGAACUGUCACCUCUCACUUCUUACACAUCACUUCUUAUACUUGCUGCUCCCCAAAAUAAUCCUCCUUAUGAUGCAAAGUGUCAUAAGGAAACAAGCUGUCUAGGGCUGAAAGAUCAGAAUCCAGAAAAUUGGAGGCAAAGGUGAAGGUUGAAUUAAAGGCAUAGACUUAGCAGAAUCCUGUGCCACGUAGAUGAACAUUUUAAAAAGUGUGAUUCAUUUUGUGGCUUUUUAUUUUUUUUAAAAAACAGGAAAUAAACAUCAAGGAGGUAAGAAAGUGAAACCAGGUGUGCCUAAAUUGUCAGAUCACCCACUCAUGGGAAUUCAGAGUUCAAAGAAUUUCAUAAGCACAAAUGCAGCUAAUGUCAUCAUGGGAGUGCCUAAGAAACCUCUACCAGCUUGUGUUGACCGACGACAAGGCGACAAAUACGUCCUUGAAACUUCAGGACUCGUUCCAAAAUAUCUCAAGAAAAAGGUAUGCCUUAUCAAAAUGAUGUGGUGCAUUUACUAACAGUGAAAUGCUAUACAUGCCUCCUUAGACAUAAGUCCUGUUGAGUUAAAUGGGGUUUACUCCCAGGCAACAUCAACCCAUUUGCCUUGUGGGAAUCCCUUGUGGACGACCCCAGUGCUUGGAGACAGGCAGUCAAGUCGUGUAUCCAUAGCAGUGACCAAAAGAGAAAAGACUGCUUGAAGGAGCACAGAGAGAAGAAACGCCGUGGUACAUCUGCAGCAGCACAACUGGAUGCCUUCAUCUGCAACAUAACAUGUCUCUCCCACAUUGCUCUCUACAGCCAUAGCAGGCGCUGCAACCUUUCAACAGCUUGACCUCACCCCCAAAGGCGCACUCCUUCAUUGUCUCCCGAGACAGACAGGUGCCAAUAUCAACUCCCAAGCAUAGGACUGCAACAUAAGGCUUACUUAUUUGCAAUACUGAGUGAGCCAGAUGAGCCAUUGGUGUGAUCCAGAAGGCUCCUCUUAUGUUCUUAGGGCACGGGCAAAAUUUUUAGAAACCAGAAGUGCCUGACCCUGAAUAUCUUUGUUGGGAAUCUUAGUAUUUUUAGCCAAAGUGAAGUAGUGGACAUUAAUGAGAAGUAGGGAUAUUUUUGAGUAUUUUAUAAAAGGUGUUAGAUGUUUAAUAUCAUAACUGAAAUCACAUGUAUUUAAAAGCAACAACAGAUCAACUGGAGAAUCCCAUCCAUCUCCAGAUCAGUCCCUUUGCUCACAAGGGUACCAGCUACAUCCCCCUUCCUAUUCAUAGGAAAUGGAAUAAUUUUUCUGCUAAGGCUGCAAUCCUGUAUCUACUUACCUGGGAAUUAGCAGCAUUGAAUUAUGUGGGGCUUACGUCUGAGUUGGUAUGUAUAGGAGGAUUGCACUGUGAAUCUAUAGUUCUGAAGUCUAAAGGUCCCUAGCCAACAUUUCCAUAAAUUUUAGAGGCUUAGUGUGUGUUUCUCCAUUAUUUUUCUAUUUCUAAGGUUUUUUGGUACUUUUGCAAAACCUCAUGCCUGUUGAUGUGUCCCACUUGCCUGUAGAUGCUGCUUUUGGCUACAUAAGGAUUCAUACCCAAAUGAAUGAGUACACUAUUAGUAUAUACUAGGAUUAAUUAGAAAAAGUUCAAAGUAGUCUUUUUCUUUCUAAAAAAAAGAAAAGCAAAAAAAGUUAUAUUACAUAAGGGUCUUUGUUGUUGAUGACGACAACAACAACAAAAAAUAUAUAUGAAUAUCUGGAAGGUGCAUUUUUCUUGUAGGAUUACGGCAUUACUCCGAAAUAUGUAACUAAGCGAAAUGAAGAAGUAAAGAGAGCUCAGGAAGAAUAUGAUGCCUAUGUCAAGGAAACUCUCAGACAAAAAGCCAUGAAACGGCUCUCUGAUGAAGACAGGGACAGUCUUCUUGAGGUAUGUGGGUUGACUUGAAUUAGACAGACUGAGGCAUAAAAGAUACAUUGGUACAGGCACGAAUGGGAAAGGCUUUAUGAAUAGCAGUGCAACUAAGAAGGGUAGAUUUUCACUAGAUGGAGCUCUAAAAUAGUUAUCUGCAGGACUGAGCAAGUUGGAUGUGACAGAAAUGUUUACAAAGUCUUUUCUGGAGGCUAGAUUCCAUAUCAUCACACACUUAAUUGCGUCAGCAGUAGUGGACCACUGUGGAGCCCAACUGCAGUUAAAGGCAUGUCAAAAGGUUUUGUCCCACUUUAAAGAAUAAUCGGUAGCCAACAUCUUGAGUUUUUUUCUUACGUUACAGUGUGCGGAAAAUACAGUUGUGCAAGGCAAUCUGUGCAUGCUUAAUAUGAAGUAAAUCCCAUGGUGUUCAGUGCACCUCACUCCCAGGAAAAUGUAUAUAGGACUGUGAGCCUAUAAAUGUUUACUCAGAGGAAAGCCUUACUGAGUUCAGUGGAGCUUAGCUUCCACUCAGCUGAGUAUAGCAGCCUUUCUCAAACUUGUGACCUCCAGCUGUUUCUGGAGUCUCAACAAUCAUGGCCAGUGGAUAGGGAUAAUACGAGUAUAUAUAUAUAUACACACACACACACACACACACACAUACUCAGAAGAAAAUUGCAUGGAGAUCAAUGGGGCUUAUUCCAGUGUAAGUAUGCAUUGCAGGGUGGUGAACUGCUGCCCUGCAGGCUGAACCAUUAAGCAAUUUAUUUAUUUUUACCCCUCCAACAUGUACCAAUUUUUGCCUGCAGCAGUAGCAGAAUCUGCAUCAAGUAACAACACAGCAUUGGGCUGGGCAGAGAGAUAAGCCCAGCCUCUUAAUGGGAAGGGAAGCACCAACUUCCCCACUCUUCAGAUCAAUAGUCUGAAGAGGCGCAGGGGGCACAAUUCCCCCACCACUCUGUGAUGCUAAACUGGGCAGAGGUCCCUAGUAUGUGUCUUCUAGUCAUGUAUUUAUGUGUACCUGCAUUUGUAUGUGUGCUCUGAUGUGUGAACCUGUAUGCGUGUAUAUAUGGUGUGCGAAUGCAUGUAUGAAUAUAGGGUGGCUUCCCAGAGGGCUUGUAUAAGAUUGCAGCCUUAUUGUGUUACUGUAUAAUGCUGCCCGUAUACUAAUUCGUCUCUUUGUAUACUCCAAAUAGGGUCUUAAGAAGAAUUGGGAAGACGUGCAUCACCAAUUCCAAAGCCUUUCCGUUGAAAUAGACACACUACCAAAGAAACUUCACAAAGAAAGGCUGGAAGCAGAGAUGAAACAGCUGGAACAUGACAUUCAGACAAUUGAGAAACACAGAAUCAUUUAUAUUGCAAACAAAUGA